UUAUAGCGUGAAAAAUAAAAAAAAAGUGCACAGGUGAUCAAAUACCACUGAAAGAAAGCUCUAUUUGUGUGAAAAAAGGACGUAAAUUUCGUUUGGGUGCAGCAUUGCAUGACCACGCAAUUAUCAGUUGAGUUAGUGCAGCGCCGAGUAGCAAAAAGAGGCCUGGUAAGGAAGGGGGGUAAAUCCUCUGGAUGGCAAGUGGUUAAAGUAUAUGUGAACCCUCAUGUGUUUGGCUGGCUGCAGGGUUGAGUCUCUGAUUGCUG